AUGAUAUUAAUUCACCACUUUGAUUUAGAUAUUCGAAUUUCAAUGGCGUGGGAUUUGGACAAUGUCGAUAUUGAUUUGCAUGUACAGGAACCAGCUCCCUAUGGUGAGCAUGUGUAUUAUGCUCACAAUCGUUCCAUCACGGGUGGUUUCGUUUCAAGAGAUUUUCGUAAUGGUUAUGGACCAGAGGAGUACAUGAUUAAGAAAGCUCAGAAAGGAGUUUAUAAGGCUACCACGAAUUAUUAUGCCAAUCAUGCUCAGAAUUUGACAGGUGGAACGACUGUGUUGGGUACUUUCUUUACCAAUUACAUGAGAGAAGAUGAGAAGAGACAAAUGGUUACUGUGAGAUUGAAUUCACAAGAGCAAGAUGUGACAGUGUGUGAAGUUGAAAUUGAGGAGGAAAAGAACAACUCAAAGUGUUAA